UCUGACGUCACCAGGUCAGAGGUCACCAUGCGACCUGGAGCGUGUGGGAACAAAGCAGCGUGCCAUAGUUGUUGUCUUGGCGCCUUUCUUGUGAACAACAAAUCCCGUCUUUUCCUUCGCGUAUUCUCCUGACAUGACUCGCUCAACGACUUCACGACGUUUCAUUAUUAUAUGAGGAAUCUUUUUAAAAGAUUUUCAAGCCCAGUCGCAACCGGAAAAGUCGUUUUCUUGGCAUUCUGCAAGGUGUGCAAAAAAAUCGUUGGACUGAACUUAGGUGCGCCAUCUUUGUUUACUUUAACCACCUAAACUUUUAAUUUUUACCUGCUGGACUUUGUUGUGGGUCACCAGGAUGCCGAAAGGAGGAGGGAAGGUUCGGAAGAGGCAGGAUUCGGCUUCGUCGGGAGCGGGAGACGGUGGUAAUAACGGGGAGAGUGCGAGCAACCAGUCGGCGAAGAACUCGAGUAGUACCAACGGGGAUGUCCGCGCGGGCUCGCCGGAGAAGGGGUGCUGCCAUCCCGUUAACUGCUCCUGUGACGACCCGCUGGACUUGUCGAAGAACGCCGUGAAGGUGAUCUGUAGUAACGAGGGCUGCCCGGAGAGCUCCUACAUGCACGACAGAUGUUUUGACAAGUGGGAGGACAGUGUUUUAGACCAUCUCUCGUGCGCGCCUCGCAUCGUUACAGGAAGGUUUCUUCGAUGGCCUAAGGAGAAACGCCGUGAGAGCCUGUGGACCAUACGAGGGUAUGACCUGGUUAAGAAGGCGCACGUUGAGGUUUGUAAGUGCAGAUGUGGGAAAGGCUACUUGCGGAAGGACACAGAGUGGCGUCCAGAAGAAGACACCACUGCUAAAAAGAAGAAACAGAAGAAGGGUGGAUCCUCCCAACAGCAGGAACAACAAAAACAACAACACAAACAACAGCAGCAGAAAGAACAACAACAACAGCAGCAGAAAGAACAACAACCACCAACACAACAACAACAACAAGUCAAGCAAGCGAAACCUACCCUGAACCACCCUGUAGUGAAGUGGCCUGCUCCAUACAUGCUGCCUAUUUCUGAAAGGUCGACCCCUCCCAUACCGGAACAUUACAUUCCUGGCCUUAAUUUUGAGGAGCAGAACGGACAGAAGAAAAAGAAGAAGAAGAAAAGGUCAAAGUCGGGGAAAAGCGAGACAUCCUCCCAGAACUCUGAGUCCAAACCUCCCACUCCUGACGAUCUUGAGAGCCAGGAUGUAGAGGAGAUAGUAGAAACUGUUGAUAAGGAAGAGGGUGUGGUAGAGCAACUAGUAGAGUUGGGUUUCUCCAGACAGGCUAGUGAGGAAGCCGUACAAAUACAUGGUUCCAUGGAGGAAGCUUUAGAUUCCCUCCUUAAAUCCUCUUCCUCUAAAACAAAUGGUGAUAAUAAAAUAGUUGAUAAAGAAUUAAGCACCGUUGUGGCGCCGCCACCAAGAAAGGUAGACAGCAACGGUAACCUUACUGUGCCUUACCCAGUACAGGAACUUAUGUCCCUGGGUUUUUCGAGAGAAGACAGCGAGGCUGCUUUAAGAAUUCACGAGUCUUUAGGUUCUGCUGUAGAAUAUCUAAUGGCGCAGCGUCAGUCUGCUCGUUAUAGGAAUAAUCCGCUCGGAAAUGGUUUUGUUGCUAGUCAGCCGCUCGCUCCCACUGUCUUUACACCACGGCCUCUUGAUCAAUUUUUUCCGCAAAAUGGUCCCGCUUUCCCCCAGCAGCAAUUAUUUCUUCAGCAAAACGUUGAAGUUCCCAUCUCCCAAAUCCCCACUCCGUAUUCUAACCCGACAUCCCAGCUCUUUCCGAGUUUACCCCCGGGGUUUCUUCAACACCAAGUCCCCACCCCACCCCAGCCCCCACCCAGUGUUCCCUCAAUCGACGACCACGUCCCCCUUGAGGCUCCUGCAGUUAAAACUAAUGAUAAAACAGACAUGUCUCACGCCAUGCAGCGUUUAAUGGACAUGGGCUUUUCUUAUAGACAGAGCGAGGCGGCCUUUAAACAACACGGCCAUUUAGAUUCAGCCCUGGAUGCUUUAAUAUCUGGUGAGUUUGACGAUUUUAAUUGGGAAACGCAGCCCAAACGUAACGCCAAUAAAACCGACCCCUUUACCAACAAGGUGCUAAUAGAAAACUCAAGUUCCGAAGCCGAUACUACUAACCAGGGUGGCACUUUUCCCUCCUGGCAUCCUAUGCAGAGUCAGAAUUUUAUAUCCUCUUUAGAUACUUUUUCCCUCCCAUCCAAAGUGCCUAUUGGAACGCCAGCAUCUGAUAAACAGGGCAUGCCAGAGGAUCCCAUAACGGCCAUCUCCGUCAAAGUCCUGACAGACAUGGGCUUCACUUCGGAGCAGAGCUACAAAGCAAUAAAAGAACACGGGACUGUGGAAGCAGCCCUGAACUCUUUAAUAACCUCUGCCUUUAACCAAAGUGGCUCUCUUGAUACUGAAGUGUAUAUGUCUGACGAAGAGGAUUUUCCAGAGAGUCUAAGCCCGCCCAAGUUGAACCACUCGAGGUCUGCGUUCCAGCCGGUAGCGCCAAGAGCCACGCAGGUUGGACCACGGCUUACCAAAAGUGCCAUGUUCCCACAUGCUGCUACUGCUCAAGCGCCAGUCUCCUUACCCAAACAGCAGCCGACAUUUUCCAUGCGUGCGUCUGCGCCGGUUGCGGCAAGGCCGGCAGCGCCGAAGGUCGUCGCCAUGAACGGCCAUCACGGGAAGGCCCCCGGAGCAACCCCGACCCCGUGCGCCGCCCUAUGGGUGGGGAACGUCACCGCCAAAGUCAGCCAGGCCGACCUCCAGACCAUCUUCGGCAAGUACGGCCGCAUCCUGAGCAUCAAGAUCAUGCACGCCAAAACCUGUGCCUUCGUGAACUUCACAAACAUGGCGGACGCCACCAGGGCGCGCGACGGGCUCCAGGGGACGGAGAUCGGAGGGAUGGAGCUGGUCAUCCGUUUCCCGGACAACCCGAUCAUCAACGCCGACGGCAACUUCCUCAUGAUGAAGUCCAAACUGAAGACCGGUAACCAGACGGGAGGCCAGUCAGCCGGGAAAGUCAGCCAAUCACAGAGCUCGUACCAGCAGGGGAAGAUGAAGGGUCCCGUGGAGACGGAGUUCGGAGAGGAGUGCUUCUUCUAUCGCACCACCGGCUGCCAUUUUGGAAAGAACUGUUCCUACUUACAUAUCUCCCACCAUAAGGGAGUUGAUCUUUGAAGCUUUUUGUUAUACCGUAUAUUAUAGAAUUCUACCAGGGCUUGGCUUGCAAGAUAACUUUGGGGACCAAAGCUGCUUCAACUUCAAGUACCUUUGACAUUAAAACUACGUAAACUAAUUAUAACGCAUUCACAAUAUGAUUUUCUUGAAAUACAUGUAUCUCCAUAGUCCAUGCUGGCGUAUUGGGGAUGUGAGUAGAAGUGUAUCUCGAAGAAACUACUGUAGACCUUUAUGGAAAGUCCUUAAGUUUGAUAAAGGAUGGUGGCUUGGAAAGUCUUCUCCUUGUAUUUUGAAAGAUUGUUGCAAUGUGCCUCAAGUCUCAGAAAACAGGAACACAGUUGAUACUUGUAGAAGUAUGGUAUUCAGAAACUGUUAGGGGCUGCAUAGGCAUGGGCAUUCCAAAUCCUUUUUCUGUCAAAAUAAGGGACCAAAAAUGUGCGCAGAGGAAGGUGUUUUUUUAUAAUUGUGUUUGUUGCCUCCUAUCAGUGCCAAGUCUUGGUGACCAGGUUUUACCCACUUUUGGGCUUGAUAAAAGAGUAUCUAUUUUUUCAUGUGAUUUGUCUAAAAAGUAAACUGGUGACCCAAUGGCUGAAAUAGUAAGUGUUAGAUGUGAUGAGUAGUGUUUACAGUUUGAGUUUUCUGUUUAGUUUAAGUGUCUUUAAGCUGAAUUCUUCUUUUGUUGUGAUGUUCAUUGGAACUAAUUAGUAGUUGGGAAUUUGCAACACUUGCCCAUAUAGGACAGUUUUCCAUUACAUAUUUAAUAAAUGCAUUAAACUUUCAACUUUGCAAGUAACUACUUACCAUAUCUUAGCGAUUUCUGUCUAUGAUUUACAGGCACAAAUACCAGUGACGAAAUGUUAAAUUGUGUUUAACAUGUAGGCAGGAAGACCACCUUGUAAUGCAAUAAGUUUUCAUG